ACGGUUUCUACCCGAUACAACAACCCGGGCAAAGCUUAGAACAAUCUGUUCCGUUGAACGUCAGAAUCUGACGUUCGAUGGAAAUUAACCCUGCUGAGUAUGGCUCGCGCUCACAGAGUUCACAACCUGCUGCAACUCCGUCCAUUGAGGCACCCCUGAGCAGCGUGAGCUCAAUGUCCACUCUGUGGCCUGUCUUAGGGAUGGGCAACUCGCGAGAUACCCUGUUUGGCCGUCCUCAUGCGACACACCCGCUCAACAAUCAUCAGCUUACCCCUCGGGUUUAUGAAGUUUGGCAAGAGCUUGGAAGCACACAGACGAGGUUCUGCUGUUGUGGCCGAUGUGUGACGGGCCCGAAGAUCGACCUUUGGUACAACUUGUGUGCAUGGUUUUUCAUUCUUAUUCCAUCUGGAUUAUACUUUGCAUUUUGUUCUCAGAAGUUGUGGAAUAUUUGCUUUUGGCUGCCAAUCCUUACAGGAGUGGUACUAGUAGCCACAAUAACUUUUCUUCUGCUGACUUCGUGCACAGACCCAGGAAUUCUGCCUCGCCGCAGACUUCGCAUGAUGCUGCCAGGGUUGGAUGAAGAAGUGAGCAAUGUGCUCGAGAUGCCUGAAGACCUGCGGGACUGUGCUUCAGAUGGCUUGACGCCUCCAAAUCUGCCGGAUUUGCGGCAAGGACAAGGUUACAAGUGGUGCUCCACUUGCCAGGUUGUCCGACCUCCGCGAACAUCGCAUUGCGAUGAUUGUGGCAAUUGUGUUCUUACGUUCAUCUCUGAACCCUUUAUUGAUUUGCACAUAUUUGGACAAAUGAUUUGCACGAUCCUGCUGAUGUUUUGCCUCUUCUCAGCCUUUAUCAGGUUUGACCAUCACUGCCCCUUUGUGAACAACUGCAUUGGCCAGAGGAACUAUGUGUACUUCUCGGCCUUCUUGAUUUCGACUUUAUGCCUCGGCUUCUCCGUUGCUGUGGGCACUGGCAUCUCACUUUCCGGCUAUGAGCCGGAUCAUCCGCAAGAGAGUGUCACCAGGAACCCCCUUCUUGUCGUUUUUCUUCUACUUAUUGGUGUACCCACAGCCGUCUUCCUUUUGGGUGUCAUUGCUUUGCUGAUGUUCCACAUCUUCCUCCUAUGCACGGGCAAAACGACCAAGGAGGUGUUGACUGGACGCAGAGUUCUGCAAGGACGCUCGAUGUUUGAGCGACCUCCUUCUUUCAUCCAUGCCAGGGCUCGAGUGGAUACGCCGCUGGAUUCCUGAAAGCGGGAUGGGAUUCUGCGAUUAGCAUGUUGGCAACCAAAGGCUAACCAUCCUUGCUGCCUGAAGC